AUGGCAGCAAAAUACAAGAUUGUUAUGGUUCGCCAUGGUGAAAGUGAAUGGAAUCAGAAAAAUCUAUUUUGUGGGUGGUACGAUGCUGACCUUAGCGACAAGGGUCGUGAGGAGGCUGUAGCGGCUGGGAAGGCUCUCAAAGCUGAGGGUUAUCAAUUUGAUGUUGCUCAUACAUCGGUCUUAAAAAGGGCUCAAAUAACUUUAAACACCAUUCUUAAAGAAACUGGUCAACCUGACCUGCCCGUAAAUAAGACUUGGCGCUUGAAUGAAAGGCACUAUGGUGGCCUUACUGGCCUAAAUAAAGCUGAGACUGCUGCCAAGUAUGGUGAAGCACAGGUUCAAAUUUGGAGGCGAAGCUUUGAUAUUCCCCCACCUCCAAUGGAGAAAGAUCAUCCCUAUUAUGACACAAUUGUGAAUGACCCUAGAUAUGCAGGAGACCCAAAGCCUGAGGAGUUCCCCAUGUUUGAGAGCUUGAAGCUAACAAUUGAAAGGACUCUUCCUUACUGGAACAAUGUAAUUGUUCCUCAGAUUAAAGAAGGCAAGAGGAUAAUUAUUGCUGCCCAUGGCAAUAGUCUUAGAGGCAUUGUUAAACAUUUAGACAAUCUCAGCGACGCUGCCAUCAUGGAACUGAAUCUGCCUACUGGAAUUCCAUUUGUGUAUGAAUUGGACGAAAACAUGAAGCCCGUUGAUUCUAUGGUCUUUUUGGGUGAUGAGGAAACAGUAAAGAAGGCCAUGGCUGCUGUUGCUGCUCAAGGCAAAGCAAAGUAA